AUGGAGGGCAGCGAUUCCGGCAGUAUUGUAGAAGAGGAGUAUACAACCGCGCUACCCGCCUUCUCCGAAAAGGCAAUCAAAGAGAAGAAGGAACGCGGCUUCCGAGGCGUCCUCCCCUUCCAGCGCAAGUCCAAACGCAAAGACAAGGACAAGGAUAAAGAAAAGGAGAAGGAAAGCCGCAAGGAAAAGGAACGAGAGAAAGAACGCGACAAGGAAAACCGUAAAGACAAGGGCAAAGACAAGGACCGUGAUGACGGCAACGGCGAACGCGGUGGCUCCGCCCUCGAAUCACGUACCGAUAUGGGAGUUGGCAUGAUGAGUCUCCGCGGUAAAGGCGUCGCUCGCACAGAUGAGCGAGAAAGAGACGAAGAGUUCUGA